GUUUGGAUGAUUUGGCGGUUUUGAGUAGUCUCGUGUUUAGUUAUAUACGUCUUCGUUUAUACUGAAAUGUCUGAAGCACGGAGUGAACUGUGUCUUCGCUGUGGUCGGCACACUCCAAUUGUCUGUUUUGGGCAGUAUCAGUACACAGCUGAUGAAUAUCAGGCAAUCCAGAAUGCUUUGCAAAGGCGUUUGGGACCAGAAUAUAUCAGCCAACGUCCAGCAGGUGGGGGACAAAAGGUCUGCUACAUUGAAGGUCACAGGAUUGUCAACCUUGCUAAUGAACUCUUUGGUUAUAAUGGAUGGUCCCAUUCUAUCACACAACAAAGUGUUGAUUUUGUGGAUCUCAUUAAUGGAAAAUUUUAUGUCGGCGUUAGUGCAUUUGUUAAGGUCCAACUCAAGGAUGGAUCUUUCCAUGAAGAUGUUGGUUAUGGAGUGAGUGAGGGACUGAAAUCCAAGGCACUCUCUCUGGAGAAGGCCAGAAAGGAAGCAGUCACAGAUGGAUUGAAGCGAUCUCUGAAGUCCUUUGGCAAUGUCUUGGGUAACUGUAUUCUGGAUAAAGAGUAUCUACAACUAGUUAAUAAACUACCCCGACAGCAAUUAGAUUAUCAAUUAGCUGACGCUAAAAGAAGGGACAAUGAACCUUUAGUGCAGAAAGCCAGAUACAGCAGCAUGUUGCAGGCUCCGAUCCAGCCUCUGCCUGGUCCUGCUUCACAUUGGCCUCAAGAUAAAGAAAAGUUAACUGAAAGGAAGGAAACUGUGGUACAAGAAAGUUUCAAUUUCUCACGUAGAGACCACACCACUGACCACACAACCCUGCCACAGGAGCAGGAGUUGGAUCCCACGUACCAACGGAAACUUCGACAGAAGCAACUCCAACAAGAGUUCAGAGAACAGAUGGCAAAGAAAGGCAAGACACAACUACAGAACACUGACUGUUCCAGUGGAAUACAAGCAAGCACCCACCCAGUUAUGGUGGCAGCAGAGAAGUCUAAAUUAACACCACAGCUGAAUCACAGCAUACAUGUCAGCUAUGAAGAAAAGUUUGCUGAAGACAAAUUCCUAGCUGAUGAUCCUGAACUCUGGGAUAUACCUCUGGAUGGUAGUAGUACUGACAAAUCUAAUGUCCCUUACCAAGGGCACGUUCCAUCUACACCACCCGUAGGCCAGCACCACAUGAUGACACGGAGCAGAACACCACAAAGGAUAAAUUCUCCGCAACAACCCCACAAUGCAUAUAGUCAUAGACCAAUGGGGUCCAGUCCUUCCCGACAAGGACAGUUCAUGAAGAAACGGAGGUUGGAACCGGCUUGAAAAGAUCAAAUGACAAAACACUGUAAUUUAACAGACAUACAUAUUUUAACUCAUUAUUGUAUGGCUGUUAUUUUUCACUUUGCUGCAGCUCUGGAUGUUUCUCCACAAAGUGCAGGGUUUUAAGGGAAAUUUGACUACAUUUAUUCAUGAGUGCUGGUAUACAUUCACGGUCUACAUCAUGCACAAGUGAAAAAAGACAAACAUUCUUUAUCUGAGGCAUAAAACACAGGUGAUGGAAAUGAACUACUAUUCAACUUUGUAUUUUUUUUGACCAACGUUUGUUAAUUUUCUUGACUUUUCCUUUUCAAGUUGAUUUCAAAUCUGUUUUUGUAGAUGAUGUCUCUGAAGCAUCUUUCACAUGAGCACAGUGAAGGAGGCAGGUUAUGUUGUGGCUUUCCCUCAGGUUAUGGAUUAGACUAAUGUAUGCCAUCAUGCACAUGGAAAUAUUAAGGGGACAUCAAAAUCAGACAACCACAAUUGGCAUUUUAAGAAGUAUCUUGAUAGAGAAUUGCGGGUUGGGACACAGUCCGUUUUUGUCUACAUAAUUUGAUAGCUGAUCUGAAAGUAUUAGCUUGCUGGUUAAGGAUGAGGGUGGGUUGCUUUAUAAAAGUGUCCCUGCACUAACUGCAGUAUUUUUUUUUGCAUUCAGUCCUAUAAUUUUAGCUACCAGACUAUUUUAUGACGUUGCUUAGAAAUGAUUAAUCUUUCACAACAUCUGCAGUUGCUCACAAAUUUUCAAAUUAUUCACAGCACUCCAGAGCAAAACACAUUCCAUUUACUUUGUAACCAAGUUACAGACAACUCUCCUGACCUAAUUUUCAGAUCAUCUGUAA